AUGACACGGCCACGGCCAUUCCCUUUCCAACCCCAUGUCAGCUAUGGUACAUCCAGAGAACGGGAGUUCUAUAAAUACUUACCGCCGUCCCGGUUGAAAACGCCGCUACAGCAUGUCUCAAAAGGCACUUGCUCCACGGACAUCGAUGCACGAUCAUCGCCCGACCCUGUCCUCACCGCGUUCGCUCAAUUAGGGACGUUGCGACUGGACGCCCAACGCGCGCUGAUCUCUCUCUACGGCCGAGACGAACUGCACAUCCUGACCGAAGCGACACAAUCCCUUAGCCUGCAGGAUGACACGAACGAUAAGCCUUGCGAUUCACUUUGGGUUGGGAGCUGUACCAUGUCGUACGAUCGGAGCUUCUGGACACCCGUUGUGCCGCCUGCAGACAACCCCGGCGAUCAUGUGUGGAUUGUGCCCGACCUCACCCACGAGGAGCAGUUUGAGAGUCACCCCGAUGUGACGGGUUACCCAAAUCUUCGGUUCUUGGCAUCGAGCCCCAUCAUCAGUCCCAAGGGCUUUGUGAUAGGUGCCUACACCAUUCUCGACGACAAACCCCGUGGAUCCUUGGACGCAAAUUUGAUGAAGUUCAUGUCAGAUAUGGCGACCACGGUGAUGGAUUAUCUGGAUGCGGCCAGAUCGAAGUCACAACACAUUCGAUCGGAGCGCAUGAUUGUCGGACUCGGAAGCUUUCUGGAAGGCAAAGGCAGUCUGCGGCACUCCUGGCUCGAUGCUACCGAGGGCCGUAGCCCUCCAGUAGAGGACGGUGACGCAGAGGGGAUGAUCAACCAGGAGCAGCAAGAUAAGCAAGUUUCGGACGACUUCGCUCGGACUAUGACCGGAAGUGGUGCUGUGAGAAAUCUGACGAUGCGACCUGAUGCGGGUACAACUCGACACCGACGUGAGGAGCAAUGGCAAGCGCAGGCUCCAAAGCAAGUGAGAAAAAGCCAUACGCGCCCGCGUUCCAUGCAAACAGUUCCGGAAUUGACCGUUUCAAAUGGUCAUGAGCAGACGGGCCAGCUACCAGAGGAAACCCAGAAGCAGCUGGUCGAAAAGGCUUUCUCGCGCGCCGCAAAUAUCAUUCGUGAAAGCAUUGAAGUCGAAGCGGCCAUCUUUUUUGACGCCAACUUCGGCUCACCCGGCGCAUUUGUGAGCGAUGACAGAUCCGAUUAUGACAGUAGUGGCCGAGACAGUUAUUCAUCCAGCGAUGAACACAUUCCAGCUUCGAUCAGGCGCAGAAUUUGUCGUACGGCCAGUUCCGAUGACUCUGGCGAAAAGACAUCGAAUCCAUGUGGAAUAUUGGGGUUUGCCACCUCCAGUGCCUCAAGCGUCAAUGAUGAAUUGAAAAACGAUAGAAAGAUUGCAUUGUCUGAGUCAUUCCUUGCGGGCCUUCUGCGUAGGUACCCCAAAGGCAAGAUUUUCAACUUCUCCGAGGACGGCUCAAUUUCGUCCAGUGAUACGAGCGACAGCACCUUCAAGAACUUCCUGCAGCGCAGUGGUGAUCGAACUAGCUCGGGGAGUGAUUCUCGCAAUCGAGGCAAGAGAUAUAAAAGGACUCGGAAAACAGUUCUACGUCAAGAUGCAGAAACACUUCUUCAGCUUGCCCCCGAUUCUCGAAGUAUCAUCUUCUCGCCUAUGUGGGACUCGCAUAAAGAACGGUGGUAUUCCGCGGGCAUUGCAUGGACCAAAUCCCCUCAUCGGGUUUUCACAUCCGACGACGAAUUAGCAUUUAUGUUUGCAUUCGGUAACAGCAUCAUGGCGGAAGUACACAGGCUUGGUGCAAUGUUUGCGGAGCGGGCCAAGACGAACCUGCUGGCAGGGCUCAGCCAUGAACUUCGCUCUCCUCUUCAUGGAAUCUUCGGCAUGACAGACCUCUUGACUAAUGCUGCUAUGAACAAUUUGCAGCGCGAGUUUGUCCACACCAUUUCGUCUUGUGCUUUCACACUUCUCGGCUCAAUUAACCAACUUCUGGAAUACGCGAGUAUCAAGGACCUCAAGAAUACAACCGCGUCUCAGCUUCUCGUCCGUCUUGGCUACAAGGCACCCCUAGAUGAAAAGCCCGCGGUGCCACAAAUUGGCUCGCAAACGGGCAAGGAUGAUGAAAAAUCCUAUGUCCAACUCGAUGUAGUCAUUGAAGACGCAAUCGAAACCGUCUUUGCGGGCUAUUCAUUUUUCAAUGUUCCACAAUCUAUUGAUGCGAUCCAGGAUAGCUCGCCGGGUGGACUCCGCGUUAUUACUGAUAUCGACAGCGCAUGUGAUUGGAAAUUCUCCACAAGACCAGGAGCCUGGCAUGUCAUUAUCACGAACCUUGUUGGAAAUGCACUGAAAUAUACAACCAAUGGUCACAUACAUGUGUCCGUGAAGGCAUCUCCGGUGGCCCGAGGAGAGAAUGGUGAACCCCUGAGAUCAAAGGUUGCGGUGACCGUCAAAGAUACCGGCUGCGGUAUCGGAUCUGAGUUCCUGCAACACAACCUCUUCAGCGCCUUCUCGCAAGAAAACAGCAUGACGAUCGGUAAUGGGCUUGGUCUAAACAUCACCCACCGAACAGUCUUGUCUCUCGGGGGUAGUAUCCAGAUCGAUUCCCUAAAGGGAGUUGGUACCCAAGCAAGCGUUUCGAUCGAUCUCGACCAUGUUUCUGAUUUAUCUCAUGCACCGGAGUCAUGGACCAGUUCGCCCCUCGAUGCAGCCAAAGACCUUGUUUCUGGGAAACCGGUCGGUCUUCUAGGUCCGAUGUCUUCGGACUCGGACUUGGCUCUAUCAUCAUCUUUGCAACAACUGUGCCAUGAAUGGUUCAAGAUGGACGCAAUUCCUGUUCCGCCAAGUGAAAUGAGUCCCGUUCAUUGUGAGCUCUACAUAUCGACCCUUGAAUUCAUGCGCAAGGGCAACUUGGACAUGGACACCAUCGUCAACUCCAGAAACGAGCGGCAGUCGGUUCCGCUGAUAGUUAUUUGUCCGUCCCCAAGGAUCGCACACUCAAUGUUUCUUGAGGCCCAGAAACGAGAAAGCAAGGACAUUGUCGAGUUUGUCAGUCAGCCAUGUGGACCUCGCAAGCUGGCACGGACAAUUGAGAUUUGUUUUGAACGUCAACGGCGGCGACGGAUGGCCGACAGCAAAGGAGAUCUUUCGGUAGAAUCAAUGCCGCACGAUCCCAUCCUAAACACACAUAUGAGAGAUCUCAACAGUCAAUUGAAAGAUCUGGAGCUCAGUCAUUCUCAGGUUUCGCUGAAUGGGCGCAAUGGGGACAGUCACAUCUCCCAUCCUCAGUAUGGUUCGGCAAUGAAGAUCCUCAUCGUGGAUGACAACGCCAUCAACGUCAAAGUAUUGGUUGAGUUCAUGAAGAAGUUAGGAUGCCCUUGUGAUACUGCAUCUAAUGGAUUGGAGGCUUUGAAUUACUUCAAAGCAAAUGCCUCUUCGAUUGCUAUGAUUCUCAUGGAUAUUUCUAUGCCAAUUAUGGACGGCCUCGAAUCAGCAAGACGUAUUCGCGAGUUCGAGAUAAAAUCCGGGGUGGAGAGCCAUGUCAAGAUCGUGGCCCUGACUGGCGUCGCGCAGACCGAGUUGCAACGCGAUUCAAUAGGAUCCGGCAUGGACAUGUUCUUGACAAAGCCCGUGCGCAUGGAAAGCCUCGUUCCAUUAAUUGAGGAAAGCGGAGUCCUCAUUCGCUACUUGGCCCCAAUUCGAGAAAGCAGACCAGCAUAG